CUUUGACUAAAUGAAGACUUUCUCGAGAGAAUCUUUUAACUUUUGACUUGAAGAAUAAUCGCUAAUAGUAAAUUUUUAGAAAGAUGUCUUUCACAACUCUAGAUACUACGAAUUUCCCCCUGUAUGCUGUGAACGUCCUAGACAAUGAUCAUUUUGUAAUCGCCGGUGGUGGAGGCGCGGCGAAGACCGGUGUCCCGAAUGCAUUGAAUAUUUACAAGCUAGGUCGAAAUGGUAAAGAGCUCAAAGCUACUCUAGUCCAUAACUUUGAAGCUGGAAGGAGGCCAAUUAUGAACUGUGCAAUUCAUCCAACAUCAAAUGUCCUCGCUGUUGGAAUGGACAACAAAUGUCAGUUACUUGAGAUUGAUGUUAAGGAGGAAGUAAAGAACACUGAAAAAGUGAAAGGAAAAAGCAAAGUUAUUGUUAAAGAAAAGACACGAGAAUUUAUUGUGAAAGAGUUAGAAUCUAAAGUGACAGUUUCAGCAGAGGACUAUGACUCAAAAGAUGACGAUGAUGUUGGUUUUCAGAAAGUUGUACGAUUGACUGCAGAUGGACAGCACAUUGUUACUGGAGGUUCUGAUGGCCAUGUUAGGGUUCUAAAGUAUCCUUCCUUGGAAAGUAUCCAUGACAUAAAAGCUCACACAACAGAUGUUGAUGACUUAGAUGUACAUCCUAAUUCACGUCAGUUUGUAACAUGCUCAAGAGACACAACAGCUUAUGUUUGGAGGCUGGAAGAAGGCAAAAAACAAUUCCAGUUGUACUUUUCUGUUAAUAAUGAAGAUAACUUCUUUAGAAUCAGGGCAUGCAGGUUUUCCAGCAAUGAGAGAAAGGAAGUGAGUCUGUUUACCAUAAAUGUACCAUCAAAAUUCGAUAGAAAGGCUCCAACACCUUCAUACUUAGUCAAGUGGGAUUGCACAAAAUGGCUGCCACAACUGAGUCAGGCUGCUGGGAUUGAACCUCUCACACAAAUGGCCAUCAGGUACAGUGGCCAAAUCAUCAUUCACAUAAAUUAUACAGGUUCCAAGAUGAAACAAUUUCUUAUUGUUUUAAUGAUUUGAUUAUAUUCUUUUUCUCUACAGCCCUUGACCACUCUUAAGGGUGUCCACAACAUAUUUGUCACAGGAUUAACAUUCCUUCCCAACUCUCCACUUGUCAAUGAUCAACUGCAGAAUGAGUUUGCAUUGCUCAGUAUAUCUGCUGACAAUGCUUGUAAGGUUACUACACUCAAAAGAAGAGGUGAAUACAGCUAUUGGUGGAUUCUUGUAGGAUUUAUAGUGUUACUUUACUUAACUCUUGUGAUUCUAGCUUAUGCAGGUAUUGAUUUAUAAUGAAGUUUUUGUAAUUUAUUUGAUAUAGUAGAAUAUUGCAGAAAAUAAUAUGAUUUGGUAUAUUCUAUAAGUGGAAAAGGAUUUUGAAACUCAUGAAAAGUAGUUAAUUUAACUUUAAUUUCCACAAUAAGUUGUAGAUAUUUAUUAUGAUAAUAAUUUCAAUUGUUGUUAUUGACAGUUUGGCUUGUAGUUUGGGUGCCCUGUCAUCCGGCCUUGAAUGCAUGAAAUGAUCUUCUGCAUCUAUAGAGAGCCAUUCUACAUGUAUUCAUGCAACUAAGAGUAUAUGUGUGCAUGCAAACUAUUUUGGGUAUGAUACACGCAUGCUACAUGCACUUAUAGUCUAAGUACUGUAGCCAUAGUCUAAAGAUCAAAGGAUCAAUUUUUUUUUAAAUGCCUUGCUAAUAAGGUGCACUCAGCUGUUAAUGCUCUUCCAUAUUAUUGCAAAUCCAAUGCAACAGGAGAUUGGAUGUUGCCAGGUUGUUACCUGACACAAUUUGCCAAAGACAAUAAUCAAAUUUACCACAAAAAGUAACCUUCGGUAAGAUUCUAAAACCAACAUGAUUUAACCAACCCAAAUGAAAACCUGGUAUCUGGCUGUUCCUAUACUAAAUGGCUUGAGCAUAACCAGGGUUAUUUAGGUGUAUGUGUUUUAAAGUGUGAUCUUUCUGCAGUGAGUUGAGUCUGCAAAAGAAAAAAUUGUUGUAACCAUGCCAUAAGUACAACCAAUUUCUUAGGCAAAAUGUACUGAAGUUGGAAUAACUUAGGUUGGAGUGUGAUCACAUGCAGGUAGGCUAAACACCAAGAGCACUUAUUGAAAUUAGUAUUUAAUUAUAAUAGUCUUGACAUCAAACUUUCAAUCAAUCAAUUUUAAUUUAUGCAGUUCAUACGAGACGAAAAUAUUUUGAAGAUCAUACAUAUCCUAUGUAGAACUUUACUUUAGGAGGUUGAAUGUAUUAUAUUUACUUUGGUGUAUACUAUAAAGCUCUUCUCCAUGGCAAAAGGAAAGGAAAAUGCUAAACUAGUAUUUAAUUUAAAUUAUCCAUGUUUAAAUUAUUGUCUUUUCACCAUUAAUUUUUAUCUUCCGAGUCAUACUCUUAAGGUACAUAUACUCUAACGAUUCAUGAUGGUUGUUUUAUAGUGUAACUUUUCAAAUUUAUAAAAUGUUUUAUUACCAUAUCGGUCUCAAGGAACAAUAAAAUUGUUUUCGCGUGGUGCACGUUGUUAGAGAG